AGGUCGUUAAGAAAUCUGACGGCGAAGGGGAAGAAGCUGUUCCGGAAUCGUUGAGUGUGGGUCUUCAGGCUCCUGUAUCUCCUCUCUGAUAGUAGUUACGAGAAGAGGCCAUGUUGCGGAUGACCUGCGGUGAGAGACUGAUUGAAGAAAGCCCGCAAUUGGAAGUAAACAGUAGCUGAAGACUCGGAAGCACCAACAAGUGAACCAGACCCAGGACUCAAGAGUGCCAACUAGGGAGAAACCUUUGACUCAACGUUUCCAUUAAGUCAGCCAGGCGAAAGUGUGUCCUGCGGUGAAUGACUGAUUGCAAAAAAAUCUCACAGCUGGAAGUGAACAGCAGCUAAAAACUCAGGAACAGCAACAAGUGAACCAGCCCCAGAACUGAGGAGAGCGACUGGACAGAACCCUUCUGAUCCAGACUUUCCAUCAAUUCAGUUGGGAGAAGGUGUGAGCACCGGAAUUUGUGACCACCUGUCACCAUCAUGGCUGAAGGUGCCGGUAGGGUAAGAGGUGCAGUGUCUUCCACAUCAAGGAGCACGCAGGUGGCAUAUUAACUCGUAUAUAGAACGUCUUCAAGAGACUUUUGCCAGUUGGAUCAUCAAGGGAAGACGAUCAGGAUACAGGAACUAUGACACAAAAGCAAGGUCCGAUUGAGAGCGGUGUCCCAAUGGAAUCUGUUCCGGCCUUGGAGGAAAGGGAACAAAAUCAGCCCAGCGGGAGUGGGAUCAGAGACACAAUUCAGGGCCUUGGCACCGGCCCAAGUGAGGCAAUUCCCUGUGACGUCAGAGGUCCGUUAAUCAAGGAAUCAUCAAGUCUUAACCAAGGAGCAGAACUGAAGUGUACAAUCUCUGAGCUCCUGACACAGUGGGACGAUGAGCAACUGUUCCAGCUAACAAAGCUCUACCGGGAGAGACUGAAACAGGCGAUUGAAGAAAGGGUUGAAGGACUCAGCUGGAUGUUGAGACAGGAGGGACAUUUCAGUGGACAAGAUCAAGAGAGAUUCACUGAGCUCGGGAGAAAGGGAAACCGGACAGAGAUCUCAACACUCUUCUUCAGUCUGGUGUCGGGGAAAGGGUCCCGGGCCCGGAGGGUGAUGUGGGAAUCCUUCGUGAAAAUGCGGAAUGAGUUACCAAAGUUGGACAAAAUACUGAAAGAAAUCCAGGAGCUCGGUCCUGAUCCACAUGAAUACAUAAAAAUUGCCCGAGGUUUAUGUGCAUUACCCAUUCAACUGAAAGAUGUUCAGCAGAAACACAAGGAGACUCUGGGGGCACAAACUGAAACACUGAGAGUGAACACGAUCCUGAUGAGGGAGAAGGUGAAGUUUUUCCCGCUGGUUGAUCGAUACGCUGAGCUCACUCUCAUUUCUACUGUUCGAGAUCGGAGACUUGUGGAACACGAACUGUUGGCAAGAGGCCGGGACCAUGAGGACUGGAGAGAGAAGCAUCUCCGGGGAGAGCUGGAAAAAAUCCGGACUGAUCAAUUGUUCCAGAGCAGCUUUUCCCGGAGAAAAUCCAAAUCUGGGAGUUCGGCAGCAGUUGCUGGAGUCCCGGGGAUCGGGAAAACAACAAUGGUACAAACGAUUGUUCAUGACUGGGCCACGGGGAUAUUAUACCAACACUUGCAAUUUGUCUUCAGCUUCAAAUUCCGGGAUUUAAACUCCAUUAACUGCAGAAUAAACCUGAGGGAAUUAAUACUGGAUCAGUAUCCUUACUUUGGGAACAUCCUGGUAGAGGUCUGGAAGAACCCAGACGGAUUGUUGUUUAUAUUCGAUGGUUUGGAUGAAUUCAAACACCGAAUCGAUUUUGCUGACAGUCGGAGAGACACAGAACCUCAGCACAUGUGCCCAGAUCCCGAGUGGCGGUGUGAAGUGUCUGUCAUUGUGUACAGUUUAAUCCAGCACAGGCUGCUCCCAGGGUGUUCAGUGCUGGUGACCACCCGCCCCACUGUGUUACAUUUAUUGGAAAAGGCGGAGAUCAGUGUCUGGGCUGAAAUCCUGGGAUUUAUUGGUGAGGAACGGAAGGAAUAUUUCUGCAGGUCUUUUGAAGAUCAGACGGUGGCAGCAGCUGUUUUCAAACACGUGGAGGAGAACGAGAUCCUGUACACCAUGAGCUACAACCCCUCCUAUUGCUGGAUCCUCUGUUUGGCACUGGGCCCCUUCUUCACACAAAGAAACAGGGACCCGCAGCGAGUUCCCAAGACCAUCACCCAACUAUAUUCCUACUAUAUUUACAACAUCCUGAAAAACCACGGCUGUGAGAUUGAAAGCCUCCGUGAUGUGUUACUGAGGGUUGGUCAGAUGGCCUUUCGAGGAGUUUCCGAGAAGAAGAUUGUGUUUACAGAUGGAGAUUUGAUCAACUACAAUCUGCAGCCUUCCCAGUUCCUGUCCGGGUUCCUGAUGGAACUCUUGGAGAGAGAGGAUUGUGCCCGGAGCGUGGUGUACACAUUUCCACACCUCACCAUCCAAGAGUUUGUAGCCGCACUCGCACAAUUCCUGAAUCCGCAUCCCGGGGAUAUCCUGAAACUCCUCACUGAAGCCCACAGCACGACAGACAGGCGAUAUGAUGUAUUUCUCCGUUUUGUUGCUGGUCUCUCCUCCCCAGCGUCAGCUCGGGGGCUGGAGGAGUUUUUGGGACCAUUUCCCCAUCAAACAAUCUGCCGAGUGAUUGACUGGGUGAAGAAGGAGGUGAAAUUUCAAUUUGGAAACGCAGGGAGAGCAACGGGUAAAAGAAGCCUCCUGAACACACUGCACUACCUGUUUGAGUCUCAGAACCGUGGACUGGCUCAGGCCACAGUGGGAUCUGUGGAAACACUUUCAUUCGGUGAAUUGCGACUGACCCCGAUUGACUGCACCGUCCUGUCUCAUGUCAUUGGGCUCUGUGAUACAAUAAAACACCUCGAGCUGGAUCGCCACUUCAUUCCGUGUGAAGGGCUCCAGCGGCUGGGACCGGGGCUGCAUAAGUGCCAGGAGUUGGGACUGGGGAGCAAUGACCUGGGAUAUUCGGGAGUGAAACUGGUGUCUGCGGCUCUCAGGGACCCGGAGUGUAAAAUACAGAGACUGCGGCUGGGACGGGUCGGGCUCACAGAUUCUGGUGCAGAGGAUCUCGCCUCCGCUCUGAGUACAAACCGUUCACUGACGGAGCUGGACCUGGGAUCAAACUCCCUCACAGACCGAUCUGUCCCCGCUCUCCCCCGCCUCAUCCUGAACCUCCCGUGUCUGGAAUGGAUCCGGUUGGAGGGGAAUCAGUUCAGUUCAGAUGGACAGAAUCAGCUGAAGUUGCUGCAGGGAACCAGACCCAGACUGAGGCUGGACCUGGAAAAGUCCCAAUGUAUAGACAUCCCCGCCCGUGGAAUGGGAAUAUUUUGGCCGGUUUCCGCCCUCCACUUUAAACGCGCGCGCUCCCAGUUUAAAUCCCAACGGCCGGAACGGUUCCCAGCUGGAGCGUAGCGCGCCCCUUCUCUCUAUGACGUCAGAGGAAACCCACAGACACGUUAUCCGACCGCUCCCACGAUGCCCGGGGCUGGAUGCCCCUGAGUGGGGCCCUGGGACAAUUAGACAGACAGGAAGGUCCCAGGACAGACUGGGACACCAGGGAACGCAUUCAGUGUGCAAGGUGGGGCUCAGUACUGGACAGCAGUGAUGGCAUUCAGUGCCCUGCUGGGGUAUCAAAAAGUGUGGGACAACAGAGUUGGCAUUCAUUGUACCGGGUGGGGCUCACGCUGCGACAUCAGUAAUGCCAUUGUGUGAGACGGGGGCAAUUUGCCGGGUCAGGAACCUUCCUGGCCAUGUUGCUGAGGGGGAAGGGGUGGAAUUUUCCCUCCAUUCGGCAGCCUGUGGAUAUAGUAGUGAUAAUUUGUAAAAUACCUCAGUAGAUAAGCCUAGACCUCCAGUAAUUAUGCUGUUAAUUUGAGUGAAGACAGAGAGCAUCCAGAAACUCCUGCUGGUGCGGAAUGGCGUUGAUAAAAGGAGCUGAUUAUUCAACAUGCCGCUCAUUGUCGCUUGUCUAUCAAUUGUGCAUGAAUGUAAAUGAAUUGUGAGCAGCUUAUUUUACCCGAACGUCGGAAAUUUACUCAGUGUUUAAUUCAUAAUGGGCAAAGUGAACUCAAUAAA